CUAAGCGGCGCGCCAACUCCUGUCACGCGCGCAGGUCUUCUGCACAGACAGAGAGAAAUCCCCAGUAGAGCAGAGGAAGAAGAAGAAGCCGUGAGAAGGGGAGGACGGAAGACAAGCAUGGAGACAGAGCGCAGCGAAGCGGCUCCUUGCUAUCUGGACUUCACCGAGGACGAGCUUCGGGUGGCCGACAUCAUCCUCGAGCUGCGGUGGCUCUUCGCCGAUCGCUUCCCGCGGGGCUGGGGCGCCAAGCGCCGGAGAUCGGCCCUCCGCGGCGGCGGCGGCUCCGGCUCCUCCUCUCCCCCCUCCCCCGCGGCCCCGUCUCCGGCGCCGCCGCAGCAGCAGCCGGCGAAGUGCCCGGGCCGGGCCGCCGCGAUCGAGGAGAGGGCAGCGGGCCCGCCGAAGGUCCACGCGGCGAGCCCCGACACGCCGCUCUCCUUCUCCCCCAGCGAAUCUGACGGCAACAAGGCCAAGCAAUCCCACUCCAAGAGAAAAUCCGCCAAAAGGAAGAGAGAGGACUGGUUGAAGCUCGUAGCGCUGCUGGAGGAGCAAGGCCACGCUCUCAGAAAGGAGGUGGAGAAUGUGAGGCGUUAUCGCGACCAAGUGAAGGCGUUGAAUUCGGAGUUGAAAUCCAGGAAGGAAGAGCUGAUCGUUCGGGCAAUACCCGAAAGGUCCGAGCAAGGACCGGAACCGAUCACCCGUUUGGCUCUGGGGGGCCAACCGGCCGAACCCACGGCCGCCGCGUCUCUCCCCCCCGGCUCCGAUCGCCGCCUCCCGCCGAUUCCCGAUCAGGCGGCGAGCGCGCCGGAGAAGAGCGAGACGGGCGACCCGGCGGGCCCCUCGCCGCCGCCGCCGCCGCCGCCGCGGCAGCAGCACCGGGGGCGCGACAUCCCGGACCUGAACAUAGGGCUGGCGCCGCUGGACGCGGCGGUGGUGGACGAGGAGUGGAGCAACCGGGCGAGGGCGGCGCAGGCGAGGCAGAGGCGGAAGCUGAUCUACAGGGCCAAGAGUACGGCCGCCGCUGUCAAGCCACGCGUCCAGCUUAGAUGACGGGCGUAUUUUCGCUCUCUUCUUCUUCUCUGUCUUUUUU